AUGAUUUUUUCCAAGAAAAAUCAUAAAUUAACAAUUUCAUUGCCUCUUUCAUUCAAUCAACCAAAGUUUUCUCCAGCAGCCACUUGGAAUUCCAAUGGAAUUAUCAUUGCUAAUCGAUCGAUUGUUGGUGAACGUCCCGCCAUUUUUGUGAACACAGACAACACAAUUUAUGUUGCUAAUCGAGAAAAUAAUAAAAUUAUAAUGUGGCAAGAAGAGAGUGCCAACCCAACAAAGACCAUUCGCGGUAACUUUACACCCGAUUCUCUCUUCGUGAUAUCAAAUGGUGAUAUUUAUAUUGAUGAUGGUGUUGCAAAUGGUCGAGUGCAGAAAUGGAUAGCAGAAACAAAUAUCUUUGUCACAGUAAUGAAUGUUAACUCAUCAUGUGAAGGUUUGUUUGUCGAUAUCAAUGAUACUCUUUACUGUUCAAUGUACGGUCAUCAUCAAGUCGUGAAAAGAUCAUUAAUUAAUUCUGUGAUAGAUUCAAAUCAUGUUGCUGCUGGAACAGGUAUUCAAGGAUCAGACCCGAAUCAACUCAAUCAACCUCAUGGAAUCUUUGUCGAUGCGAAUUUGGAUUUAUAUGUGGCAGAUUUUGCUAAUGAUCGAGUUCAGUUGUUCCAGUCGGGAAAAUCAAAUGGGAUCACAGUGGCUGGAAGUACAUCACUAAAUCCAACAAUUAAACUUAGUUAUCCAAGUGGAGUUGUAUUAGAUGCUGAGAAAUAUCUAUUCAUUGCAGAUCAGUUUAAUCACCGAAUUGUUGGUUCAGGCUUGAAUGGUUUUCGAUGUUUAGUUGGAUGUUAUGGAGUGGGUUCACAAUCCAAUCAAUUAUAUAAGCCAUUUAGUUUUAGUUUCGAUCGUUCUGGAAACAUAUUUGUUCCUGAUCAAGGAAAUCAUCGAAUUCAAAAAUUUUUAUUAAUGAAAGAUUCUUUUGCUCUUUCAUUCAAUCGACCAAAAUUUUGUUCAACAGCCACUUGGAAUCCCACUGGAAUUACUUUUGCUAAUCAAUCGAUAGUUGGUCAACAACCUAUCGCCAUUUUUGUGAACACAAACAACACAAUUUUUGUCGCUAAUCGACAAAACAACACAAUUGUAAUGUGGCAAGAAAAGAGUGUCAAUCCAACAAAGAUCAUUUCUGGUAAUUUUACAGGACCCAUGUCUCUCUUCGUGUUAUCAAAUGGUGAUAUUUAUAUUGAUGACGGAUAUGAGAAUGAUCGAGUACAGAAAUGGAUAGCAGAAACAAAUACCUUUGUCACGGUGAUGAAUGUCAACUCAUAUUGUGCUGAUUUGUUUGUCGAUAUCAAUAACACUCUUUACUGUUCAAUUGGCGAUCAUCAUCGAGUAGUGAAAAGAUCACUAAAUGAUUCUCUGAUGACUUUAAAUCGUAAUGCUGCUGGGACAGGAACCCUAGGAUCAGCCUCGAAUCAAUUCAAUGGCCCUGUUGGAAUUUUUGUCGAUGCGAAUUUGGAUUUAUAUGUGACAGAUUGUGACAAUGAUCGAGUUCAGUUGUUCCAAUCGGGAGAAUCAAAUGGUAUCACAGUAGUUGGAAGAGCAUCACUAAAUCCAACAAUUACACUUCUUUGCCCAACUAAAAUUAUAUUAGAUACUGAGAAGUACUUAUUUAUUGCGGAUAAUUACAAUAAUCGUAUUGUUGGUUCAGACUCGAAUGGUUUCCAAUGUUUAUUUGGAUGUUAUGGAAUGGGUUCACAAUCCAAUCAAUUAGAUGGUCCAUUUAGUUUUAGUUUCGAUCACUCUGGAAACAUGUUUGUUACCGAUCAAAACAAUCAUCGAAUUCAAAAAUUUCAAUAUUAUGAAGAAUCAUGUAAGUUAGAUUCGUACUAUGAAGCGAUACAAAUGGACGUUACUAUAACGGGAUAUUAUGCUUUUCUGAUCAACAGUAAGAUGAAAACCACAUAUGGUUGCAUCUACAAAAGUGACUUCAAUCCAUUUGAUGUGGCCAAAAAUAUGAUUAAAUAUAAUGGAGACUAUGAAAGGCAAGGUCAAUUUGAAGUCACAGCUAUUCUUGAAGCUAAUAUAAAAUACGUUUUCGUUAUAACAACAUCUACUUCGAAUAUAACAGGAGAUGUCUCAAUUCAAGUAUCUGGUCAAAGCUAUAUCGGCUUCAGUCGUAUUUUGAAUACUUCAUCAGUUGUUCAAACAGUUUAUGCAUCAAAAUUGGCAACGAACAGUUCAACGUAUUCACGUCGUUGUUCAAGUUCAAAUUCUUACUAUAAAGCGAUACAAGUGAAUGUUCGUAGAAGUGGUUUUUACACUUUCUUCAGCAAAAGCAAUAUGGACACAUACGGUUCUCUUUACAAAGAUUAUUUCGAUCCAUCGACUCCACGUGAAAAUCAGCUCGUAGACGAUGAUAAAAGAUGCAAUCAAAAACAGUUUACAUUCACAAUUGCUCUUGAAACCAGUAUCACAUAUACAUUGGUUGUGACAACGUGGAAUUCUUAUACGACAGGUGAAUUCUCAAUCUUUGUAUCUGGUCCAGACAAUGUCGACCUCAAGAAUAUUAGUAAGUGUUUGCACUACAACUAUGAAAUGAAUAUCUGUCAAUGUUAG